GUUAAACCGGAGCCGCUCUCAGUCUUCUCUCUGAUAUCGCUGUGUAUUUUUUGUCACGUGCGGACGACUGUGGACCAGUUCACGCUCACGCGGCUAUAAUCUCACGGCGUUUGUUUCCUUAUAAAGCGAUAAUCAGAACGUUGAGCGCAGGAACGCGGUAUCAUGAGCAAGAAAAUCACUCAGGAAGAAUUUGACGAGGAGGUCAGGAGUUUGUUAGAGGAUUUGUGUUUGGAUGAACAAGAGGCGAUCGAGGACGUCGUCAGAGAAUAUGAAAUGAAGGAAGUAGAUUUGAGCAACAUCAAUACGCGAUUAUUCGUUGAAACCAGAUACAAACACUUACUUACGUGUUUGGAACAAUUAGACAAAGCUAUAAAUGAAAAUAACAACAAAUGUCUUCCCAAACUUUUGCAAGAUCUUCGAAUACAACUGGAUAACGAUAUUAAAUAUAAAGUUUAUGCGGGCAAAAAUAAAUGUUAUCAUAUCCUUUUGAAAAUUCUAAUAAUUUGGGAGGAUGAAUUUAAUUCCGAAGUGUUCAAUCUCGCUUUAGAAGCCAUUACUUCGUUAAUGACCGGUUAUCCGGAUUUGUUAGACGACGAGGGAAUUGCGUUCCAAAUAAGAUUCUUAGACACGAUGUUAUAUAUCGAAAAAAACAAGCCUUCCCGUACGAUAGUGCAGUGUUUGCAUUGGAUACGGGAAUGUUGCAUAAAGCACGAGCAAAACAGGCAAAAGAUUUUCCACGCUAACGUGUUCGACAGAUUAAAACAGAUAAUAACGUGUAACGACGCAAGCAGUCUUGAAAUUAAGGAAGCGUGUUCGGUGAUCAGAGCGUUGAUCCUGGACGAUGAUAUCAGACACGCAUACGGAAAAUCUCACGAGCACGCGGUUUUCAUGGCCCAGACUUGUCUCGAUAUCCUCGUAAACUUGUUAAAAAGAUAUAAGAAGAAGAGAAAUACAGGACUUGCAGGUAAUUUAAUGAUUACACUGGCCGCGUUGACCGUACGAAAUGAUUUCUGUGAGAAAGUAGCAGAUGCCGGCGGAUUGGAUUGCAUUGUGGUAGUGCUCCGUGAUCAUUCGCAGUCACAAAAAGUAUAUUGGCAAGCUUUGAAGCUGCUCAGAACUCUUGCUCGCAAUGACUGUGUGAAAAAUCGCAUCGUAAAUUGUGGAUGCGCGCCUUUAAUCGUAUCCGUCAUCACUAGACACAUGAAUUGUGAACAUAUUGUGACCGCGGCACUGGGUUGUAUCGCGACCUUGUGUCUACGAAGCUCUGGGAAUUCCGAUGCAUUUUACAAUUGUGAUGCACCGCCGGCAAUUGUAAACGCUAUGUAUGCUCAUCGUAAAAACGAAGACGUUUUGGUACAAGCUUGUUGGGCGAUUAGGAACAUGUCAGUGCGAAACAGAUCCGAAUCCGAGAUAUUCUUGACGUGCGACGUCGAGAAGAUCCUGCGAGACAUUAUGUCUUGCCCUAACGAGAAAUUACGAGAAAGCGCGAAAAGCGCACUGAGAGAUCUGGGUCUGCACGUAGAGCUAAAAGAGAGAUGGACGGGAAAAGGUAUUAGCCUCAGUAAUAAAUAAUUAUGUAUCACAAACGUUUGUUGCAUAUAAUGUUCAACACGAGAAUAUUAUUGACAAAAUAUAAUAUUUAACAUAUAAUUAUAUCACAAAUAGAUUUGAUAUACAAGUUAAUUGGAUUUUAUACAUAUGCUCGAUCUUGUAACAGUAUCUAUUAUUUGUGAUAUUGGAGUUUUUAACAAAACUAUUUAAUAAAAUAUGUUCGCUCAAGCUUAGCGGAGAGAUAAAGUAAAAACUCCGUGUUACUUUGCACAUAAAAUUUGUCUUACACUUUUUUUUUACACUUGUAAGCUUCUGUUAAAACUGUCUUUGUAAGCGAAACUACUAAAUAUACGUAACUUCGCUUAUCGCAACAAAUCGUCGAUUAUUAUAUAUGACAUUCAAAAACAUAUUGUAUACAAUGGGAGUUUAUACAAUAUUUUUUCUUAACAUUACACUGCCAGAAUGUAUUAUGCAACUAUUUUACGUAACUAGUUAGAACUAGUAAGAUGCUUGUAACAAAGACAAUCAACAGUAUUUGCAUCUGUUGAUUUAUAAAAAAAAAAAAAAAACAAUAAAUUACAUACCAUGUUAUUUGUGA